UCUUGAUAGGAUUCCUCGCAGGAAUAAAAGUGACAUUUGGCUACAGGACACCCGGUAACCGAAUCCGAGGCGGAAGAGGGACUGAAUGGCGUGAACAAAUAUCUCAUGUUUUAAGGCAUGUCUUCCUGUGGCCUGAAUUUGAGUCAGACCACGGAGGUCCGUGCGCCUGUCUGGGACGCGAAGGAAGAAGACGAGGACGCGGACGACUCGGAGUAUUUUGCGCGCACGCCCGCCGCCGCGGUCUCAGAUUUUUCUCCUUCAUCUUCAUCCUCUUUGCCCUCCACCUCCUCCCCAUCUCCGCUGUGCUUCUCCGCAGAGCAGGUGGCGUGUGUGUGCGAGGCGCUGCAGCAGGCGGGACGUGUAGACCACCUUGCCCGGUUCCUGCGCACUCUCGGCUCUCACGGCGGGAGUGGUGAGACUGUGCUCCGCGCGCGCGCUCUCGUCGCCUUCCAUCAGGCGCGCUACAGCGAGCUGUACGGCAUUCUGCAGGGUCACAGCUUCAGCCCCGCGUGCCACGCCGGGCUUCAGGAGCUCUGGUACAAGGCGCACUACACGGAGGCGGAGACGGCACGCGGUCGUCCGCUCGGUGCUGUGGACAAGUACCGCGUGCGCCGGAAGUUCCCGCUGCCUCGCACCAUCUGGGACGGAGAGGAAACCGUGUACUGCUUUAAAGCGCGCUCACGAAACGCUCUACGGGACGCGUACGCACGCAACCGCUACCCGUCACCGGCGGACAAGAGGAGUUUAGCCAAAGUAACGGGACUGUCACUAACUCAGGUCAGCAACUGGUUCAAAAACCGGCGGCAGAGAGACCGGAAUCCGUCCAAAAGUGAAUCAGAUGGGAACCACAGCACUGAGGACGAGCCAAGUAAAGGACAUGAGGAUUUGUCUCCAUGUCCACUUUCAGGCCCCUCUGACAGGAUGACGUCACACAUACCUGUCUCCUCCCAAACCUCAGAGCUCCAUCCGACAGAGGACGACAAAGGUUUUGCAUUUAAUGGAACCUUCCCCCCUUCCUCCACCAGGUUCCUCUCCUCCACAGGAAGCCUGCUGUUUGGCGUUCCGGGUCUUGCACCUCUCCCCCCGCCGACGUACAGACCCGAGACCAGCGGCACUGAAGACAAAGACAGAGUGGGCGAUAAAGAGGCGGACAGAUCAAAAACCAUCCGUUCUUCCGAUGGAGUGUGUGAGAAAAGGAUGAACAGAUUAGACGGAGGAGAUGACGGAAUGCAGGCACUCUCUUUUUUCAGAGACACAGAAGCAGAGGUGAAGAGCAGAGCUUCAGAUUCAGGGGUGGAGUCCGAUCACAUGGAGAAGAUCCAGCUGACAGCAAAUGGAGGGGUUGAAGAAAUGUCGCUGAUGAGGGACUCAUUAACUCUUCCUCGUCUACAGCUGCCUUCAUCUUCCUCACCUGCUGCAGAGGCACAAGUGCUGGUUAGCGUUAGCAGCUUAGCAGUGGAGCAGGAGCAGGGCAGUUCAGCUCCUCUGCACUCCAGUACAGUGCUCUUUAACCUGGGCAACUCCUCUGCACUCGGUCCGGUCAAACAGGACGGUGAGAGAGACGUGGCUUUCUCCUGUGUGCAGAACACACACCUGCGCUUCACACACACACUGCUACACCCACCACAUGGGACUGACAGACGCCAGGGGUUGUGGUCCUCAAUUAACCUCUGACCUCAGUGAGGACUUCCUGUGUGCAGAUGCAGACGUGUAGGGAGACAAGCUGAGUUUUUGUUCAGUUAUGUUUAUUAAUGAAUUUAUUCUCCUGCUGAGUGUGUGUGUGUGUGUGUGUGUGUGUGUGUGUGUGUGUGUGUGUGUGUGUGUGUGAUAAGAGGGUGAAUUUAUCAGAUUUUACAUAAUAAUUGAGUCGAACACACAUUAGUUACUUUAGAUUAAAAUAUCAGACAUCAGACUGUCAGUUUAAUGUACAUAAAUUCUGAGCUAGGGGGACAAGGUGGCUUAGUGGUUAGAACGUUUGCCUCACACCUCCAGGGUCAGGGUUCGAUUCCCACCUGUGGAGUUUGCAUGUUCUCCCCGUGCCUCGGGGGUUUCCUCCGG